AUGACGGAGAGAGUAAAAAGCAAAUCGAGGGGAGCCUCCCGUGGAAGGGUUAAAAGAUCUUCCAUCAAAGCCGAUGAACGAAAGAGUAAAAGGCGUGUGAGAAAAUCAACCAAAGAAUUGAUUGAUGAUAAACCAGCUUCCGAGACGGAUAUUCCAAAAACUCAAGUGGAUGCUCCCGAUUCCCUUUGCUCUGAAAAAUGGCAAAAAUAUGAUGAACAGCCGGCUCAAAAUGACGUUCAGUCAAAUGACGCACUUGAUGAACGAAAACCUGAAAAGAAAAAGUCAAAGAGCCGCCGAAAAAAGAAAUCGACAAAGAAAACUUCAUCUGAAGACACCCAAACUGCUCCAGAAAUCAAAGAAGAAACCGCCAAACCAGAUGAAGAAUUAAAACCUUCAGAGAGAUCCACAACUCCUGUUAUCAAAGAAGAAGAGCCUCAAAAUGAUGAUGUUGAAGAAAAACCAGAGCAAGAAACCGAGCAGAAGCCUGAAGAAGUUACUUUGACUUCUGAAGUAGAAAAAAUUGUGGAAGAAAUUGUCGAAACUGUCGAAAAAUCUUCUGAAGACCAAGAUAUUGAAGCAAAAGAAGCUCAAGAAAAACAGCCCGAUCAAACUGAAACUGAGACUAAAAAUGAUGAAGAGGACCCUGCAUCUGAAACAAGUGAGCCUCCUGUCGACAAGAAUAAGGAAGAAGAAACAAAGCCGAAAUUGAAGCGUAAGAAGACAAUCAGAAGAACAAAACGGGACGAGCAAGAUCAAGGAGAGCAAGAAGAUGAAGCAAAGAGUGAUUUCGUUCUAGCUGGCAAAGUUCAGGAAAUCAUCAAAUCGCUCUCCAAACAACGUAAAAGUAAACAACGACCCGAGGCACGGGAGCGCUCGAAGCACCUCGAGGAUGUCAGACGAUCUAAACGCGGAACGGUUCAGGGCAUUAGAAGCCAGUUUGAGCAACCGAGGCUCGAUAUCUGA